UUAGUUUUUGGAUUUCGCGAGCUCAAGUGGUUUCGUUGGACUCGUUUUUAUAAUUUGAUAAUUUUUUAAUUUUCAUUUUUCUCAAAACUAUUGUCCUUAGUCGCCAGUAAUAGCAAAUAAUUAAGUGAAAAAGAAAUUAGUAAAAGUAACAUAUUGUGAUAAAAAAAUUUAAUUUUUCUAGAACUUAGUAAGUAAGAACAAAGCAUAAAGAAGUUUUCGUACCGCGUUUGUGACUUGGAAAUCAACAGUUGAGUUCGUGUCAUUUUUUUGAUAUUCGUCAUAAGCAGCAAGAAAUAGAAAGUUGAGAGAAAGGCCGUGUGUGUCCAGUGUGUGUGUGGAAUCAGCAAAGAAAUAUUAAAUUAGAAACGCAUAAAGAAACAAGGUUAAAUUAAUUACAUUACAAAGAGUUGUUGAAACAACUACUAGACGACAGCAAGUAGUAGAAGGAAAACUACUUUUCAUCUUAAUUGACUAAAUUUUCUUUUCCUGUUAGUUUUAUAUCAAUUUAUUGUAUGAGUCAAAAAACUGAAAGACCAGUACUAUCAGGUCAGCGCAUCAAGACCAGAAAAAGAGAUGAAAGAGAAAAAUAUGACCCAACGGGAUUCCGUGAUGCGGUCAUUGCUGGUCUCGAAAAAACUGAAGGUGACUUAGAUGAAAUCUCCAAAUUUUUACAUAGCGCUGGUAAUAAACUUGAUUAUCGCCGUUACGGCGAAGUACUAUUUGACAUAUUAAUAGCUGGUGGUCUCUUGGUUCCUGGUGGGUCAAUCUCUCAGGAUGGCGAGAAGCCAAGCACAAACUAUUGUAUAUUCCAAGCCCCAGAGGACAUGGAAUCGAUGCGGAACCAUGAGCAGGUGUUCGUCAAUCUCAUGCGUCGAUAUAAGUACUUGGAGAAGAUGUUCGAAGAAGAAAUGAAGAAAGUAUUAGUCUUCAUUAAAGGUUUUACUCCAAUUGAACGCGUUAAACUUGCGCGUAUGACAGCGCUAUGGUUAUCCAAUGGUUCUGUGCCACCAAGUGUACUAUUGGUGCUCAAUAAUGAGCACUUGAUUAAGGAUGGCAUUGCUCUCGAUUUUCUGGUUGAGCUAUUUGUCACCUUUAAACAAGAAAAGGGAAUUCAAUCUCUUAUACAGACACUGAAAAAGGGUGGACUUGAAAGCAAACUCAUGGACUUUUUCCCACCAAACAAACGUACUGAAGAGAACUUCAAACAGGUAUUCCUUGAUAAAGAACUAACCGAAAUUAUCAAAUUGCAUAAAGCUCAGGCCAGUCAAGAGGCUAAACGUGAAUUGCAACAAACUCUUAUCGAUGACAUUCACGAUGAGAAACCCCACUCGGAAAUCAGUGCUAAUAUCAAAGAAUUGGCACAAAAAUCCAACAUUCCCGACAAUGAAAUCAUCAUCAUCAUAUGGUCAACAAUCAUGUCAUUGGGUGAAUGGAAUAAAAAGGAAGAGCUUGUCACCGAACAGGCUGUACGCCAUCUAAAGGGCUAUUGCCCAUUGUUCCAGGCAUUUGCCACCACCGAUCGUGCCGAAACAGCAUUGAUCUUGAAAGUUCAGGAGUUUUGUUAUGAAAACAUGAACUUUAUGAAGGCCUUCCAAAAGAUUAUUUUGUUGUUCUACAAAACUGAAAUCCUAUCCGAAGAGGUUAUUUUGCGUUGGUACAAAGAAAACAACUCUGUCAAGGGUAAAAUGCAUUUCCUUGAACAAAUGAAGAAAUUUGUAGAAUGGCUGCAAAAUGCUGAAGAAGAAUCUGAAUCUGAAGAUGAACAAAAGAAUGGCGAAUAACAUGUUCUAAUUCAACAAGAAAUAAUAUAAUAUUAGUAAAAUAAUGAAAACGGAUGAUAUAUGAUAUGAUAAUGAUGGGUGGAAUGACGAAGGAAGACGACAACAUUGCCCC